GUCUCACCGUUUUCCUCCUCUUCAGCCGAGUAGAGUAAAUGGCAAUGGAAUUCCCUGCUGAAUUAACAGAGAAGGUGGACAGAGAGCUAUGCUAGAUGAGCAAGCACCAGAGAAGAAGAACAAGAGGAACGGUUCUGCAUGUUCAAUUUUUGAGCUUGUGGAUUAAACAAGAGGAAGGAGAAGAUGAUAGAGAAGCUGCUGCUGUAUAAGAGUUGGAGAACUCGAAGAAAUCCUAGGGAUUCUACCAGGAAUGGUAUUGGGCCUUGUGAGGUAAGCAUAGAUUAUGACUCUGGCUAUAAGUCAGCGCUGGAUUAAAGCUGAGACUACAUGUUGGACAUGUAGAUAUGGCUUUGGAAAGUUUUAUUUGAUGCAAGUAACUGUGUUAUUCUGCUGUGAUUUAAUAUUGAAUUGUCUUGCUAUAUCUAAAGUACAAGCAUGACAGUGCAUAGAGUGCUGUUUAUAUGAGCUAGGUAGAACCCAGUAGUUGGACUGGGAGUAUGAAGAGGGAUAUUUAGAUCCAUUGUGCAGUAGGAAGAACCAUUGGUUGGACCAUUGGUAUGGUGGGAUGUACUCCCACAAGGAAAAAUUCAUGGAUAAGAACUUGCAUUCAUCUGUAUGUUGAACAAGCAUAAGGCUGCCUGUUAUUAUCUUAUGUUUAUUUAUGACACCGAUGAAACUGUUCAGUAGUGAUGAGCAGUGUUUGAUGGAACUGAUUCUGUGCUUCCUGAGGCUUCAUAGCUCAUGGUGUAUUGUUCACCCUGUUUCUGGUUAGCUAGUGACAACAAUUUUUGGGAGACUGAGAGUUUCCUAUGAUUGCUGGUAGUGAACAAGCUUUUCAGGCUUGUUGAGGUAACUUGUAUCUGCCCAAAACUGAAUCCUGGCUCAAUGUUUUGUAAAAGAACUUUGCAUUAUUAGAAUAUGUUUUGUUUACCAAAUGGGGCAUCAAGUGAUUAAGAGCUGAGUUUUAAUCUAGUUUAUUAUGAUAGAAUUUACUGUAUAAAUAAAAGUUACAACUCAAC